AUGAUGUCCGCCGCGUCCCCGCCCGCCCUCGGGCAGUUCCGCCCGCCCCCGCUGCCCAGUGAGCUCCGCCUCCGCCCUCCCCUUCCGCCCUCCCCCCCUUCACCCAACCUUUCCCCUCUUAUUUCAUCCCCGGUCCGCCCGUGUAACCGCAUCUCCGCGCAUUCCCACUCCCCGCCCGCCCCUGAGGUCCCAGGCGCGCCAAUGUUCCCCAUGGCGGGAGCCGGGGGAGGGGAUUCGGGGGAAGCGGAGGAGGGGAGGCGGAAGGAGAGGGAGAGGAGGGAGGAGCUGAUAGCGGCGGUGAGAGAGGGGCGAGGCUCCUGGCAGGAGGUCGCUGCUGCUAUCAGGCAGCUGCAGCAGGCAGGAAUGACGGCAGAGGAAGUGGCAGAUGUGGCAAUGCUGGCGCAUGGCCGAGUGACCGUGCUUGUCGUCGCUGCUCAGGUGUACGAGUCGCUGCUGCCAGGCCCGCAAGAGCCGGAGGGAGAGGGAGCCGACAGCAGCUUUGACAUGGCGGGAGCGUUCCAAUCAGAGCAGAGUGCGGAGCUGCUCUAUGAGCUGCGCACCCUGCCUACGGCCGGCCGACGGCAAGCAGCGGCGUAUGUGGCCCAGCAAGGUCUGGAUGAAGGUGGGGUGAGGGAGCUGGUGCGCGCAAUGAGGGACCAUGCGAGGCGAUCCAACUCCAGAGAG